AUGCCAGAAGAGCGACUCCCAAAACUCUGUUUUAAUAGACUUAAAACAUUAGAUAAGGAUAAGCCUGACAUAGACUUCAAUUGGGUGUCUCACUUUAGAGCAAUAGCCGAACUUAAUGCCUUUGCAGAAGAGCUUUCUGUUCACCACACAAACGGACUUCUUCGAUACAAAGACUACAUCCUUGAAAAAGCACACAACGAUUAUUUCUCGCCGACAUUCAAAGAACUUUAA